CAUUAUGGGUACUGUAUUUUAUCAGAGCCACUGUACGUACACUGGGAAUUAAAAGUUUGCAACACUACGAAAGUCGUAUCGUUUUGUUCGUGAACCUAGUGCUAUUUUUAUUUCAAGCUGUACGCACAACAUGCACGCUUACUUUUGACAAACUUAUUUUUAAUGCUCUUAAAAAUGAAAUUGUACGCACUUCCGGGUCAGAUUGGACUGAUGGGGAGGAUUUAAUUGUUAACUUUACUUCUGUAUUUGGGAGCCCGUUAUCAUCGGAGAACCUUUCACGAAAGAUCGAACCCUCGAGCUUAACUUAGAAAAGAGCCUCGACAUGGAGUCCCAGCCGGUUUUAACCCACCAGAACAGGAACUACGGGACCAAUCCGGGAUACGUGCCCGCGGGGGAGGGGAAACCCGCGAUGUUCGCCCCGCCCGCUGCGCCGAGCGCUGACUUCCUGGGACCAAGCGCUCCCCCGGCUAACAUGUUCGACAACAUGCCCGGAUAUGAAGGCACCCAGGCGGGAGGAGGAGCUGGAGGAGGAUUCCUGCCCCCUCCAAUGCCGGCCUUCCCGACACCCCAGCCUCAACCUGCACCCGAACAGCCCUGUUGGAACAUCCCGUCUAUAACUGAAAACACUGCUCGGGAGGCGUUCGCCUUGUUCGCCUCCAGCAAGUGCUGCUACAGCUCAGCGCCGGCGAAGGACGGCGUGAUCACCGCAAUGGACGCGUUCAACACCUACAGGUACCGGCUGGAAACCUUCACUGAGUCGAGAUCCACCGAGUGGAGCCACGAGCCGUACCAUGGCCAGCCGGUGGACGCCUUUGCCCAGCCGCCUCCGGGUCCCUGGGAAGUUCCUGCCAAGUUGCCCAGUUUCUUCAUGGAAGACAAACAAGUUAUGAAGGUUCCCUACACGUCGUCCAUGAAGGCCUGCCACGUUUGUGUUGGAAUGGGCCGAAAGCCCUGCAAAGACUGCGCCGGUGCUGGCAAUAAAGUCUGCUGGGUGUGCAACGGGUCGGGUUAUCGCCACGGAGACGAUCGUUGCCACCACUGCAGCGGUAGAGGGCGGGAGAAUUGCACACCUUGUCACGGUCAAGGAUCCAAGCAGUGUGACACAUGUCAGGGGAAGCAGCAGCUCCUGGUCUACAUCAACCUCACUGUGAAAUGGACCAACAACUGUGAUAACUACGUUGUGGAGCAGUCCAGUGGACUGCAGCUGGACAACCUCAGCAAAGUGUCCGGCAAGGAGCUUUUCAAGGACUCUCAGUACAUGGUAUACCCAGUGAUGGGCUUCCCAGACCCUGCCGUGGUGAACGCUGCACAACGCCUUGUCAAUGAGCACCAGGGCAAGUACUCAAGCACGUCACGCAUAUUACAACAGCGUCAAACCAUAGAGCUGAUCCCCGUCACCAGGGUGACCUACUCAUGGAAAGGAAAAUCACACAUCUACUUUGUUUACGGGAAUGAGUUCAAAGUAAACGCAGAUAACUAUCCUGCUACUUGUUGCUGUACUGUGAUGUAAACUGCAACAGUUGUGAAUGAAGAUGUUUUUUUAAUACCUUUUGGACUUACUGGUAAUUAAUCUUCAGAAAGUCAUUUGUACUGUUAUAUACAAAUUGUAUUCAGAGUCUUGAGCCCUUUGUGGCAGAAAUGUAAAAAUGUUAUUUUUAAAUUUUUUUAUUGUUACUAAUUUGUAUGUGAACCUCAUCUGUUGCGGCAGAUACUUAUUCUAAUACUAUACAUGUUUAUUGGAACAUGAAACAAAAAUGUAUAAUACUUUAUUCUGAAUAAAUGACAUAAACUGAACAAUAAAUUAUGUUUGACUUCUCACAAGUAA